AUGAGAAGGACUUUUUCUCUGUUAGCAACACGGCUUUUAAAGUCUAAAGAUGAUGAGCUAAAAUCGACUCUAAAGUUUCUAACCAAAGGGUCUAUGAAGUCGUUAGGAUCUCUGUUUAAUUCUCCUGACUCUAAAGAACAAAGGCACAUGUUGAAAAAUACAGGUGAUAAUCAAAAGAGCCCUGAAAAUCAUCACGUCGAUAACAUUUUAAGGAUAUUGAAUUCAAACUUGCCUGAAGUGGAAUCCAAGAAACAAAAGGUGGCCAUUCAUUAUGACGUACUUUUCUCGCAUUUAAGAUCAAUAGUCACACAGGCAGUGGAAAGCAAGGACAUUGCAUCGAGGCAAUUGCGAAUGGCAUCAUCCGAGGAUUUAUAUGAUAAAUUGUUGUUACUACAGUAUAUGGGUAAAUUAACUAAUGUACGCCAAAUAUCGGAAAUCCUACUAUCUAAAAACUUCCGUAAGUUUGGCGAAGUUUGGGAGCACAGGGCGUUGUUCGAUAAUGGUCAGAAACUAGUCCUAUCCAUCUUACUAUACUACAGGUCGCGUAAUGCGCAAAUAAGAAAAGAAUACGAGGCUCGCUGGUUGUCAGACUACAACGAUUUACAGUUUCCCUUGCGACGCCUUUUAUGGAGAUGCUUAACUUUUAAUGUAGUUGAUGAGAAUAUUCAACAAACAGUAUCACAUUAUAUUAAGCGUUUAGGGGAAAAUUGGAAAAAUACAGAUUUAGUCUUGAUUUAUCAAUCUCUGUAUGAAAAAUCUUAUUUGUUACCUGAACCAACAUCCAUGGAAGACAGUAAUAAUGAAACGAUCACCUUCACCAAAAAUCAAACAUUACUUGUUUGUGCACUGAGAACGAUUUCGAAACAUUUUGAGGGGGAUGCAAAAACGGUCAAAAGAUGGCUAACCGAUAUAGUCAAGUUGAGUAUACAAAGCAAAAUAAUGCUGGAAUCAUCAUCACCAUCUUCCACAUCAAUAAUGGAUCAAUACCGUUUUAUCAGAUCCUUAGACAUUUUCAUACAAAGCAUACACCGGACUUGCCAAAAUAAGUCUACCUUUGAAGAUUUAAAAAACGAUCUCGAGAAUAUAUCAAAGCUAGUCAACGACGAAGAACACGAAUUAAAGACACAUUUACCACUAAACCUUGUAUAA